CCCCUUUCUCCCUUCGCUGAUUUGAAUAGCGGGACUCUGCAGAGAGAAUCUGCGCUCUUUUGUUCAGUAGCACUUGGCUGCCAGGGAGGUGAGAAUCGUUGUAGCUCUCCUCAUCACGUUUCGUCUGUCUCUCUUCUCUUUGCGCAAUAGGACGGACACCAGAUACCCCGUUAUUGUGUUUUGGACCUCUCCAAAACGCGAUUCGUUCUUUUUUCCAACUCUUUAUACGGUUUUGGUGCGCUCGAUGGCUCGCACUGCUGACUGUGGCUCGUGACUAACAGAACACCUGCACGGAAUCAGACCAACGUUAGACAAUCGCUCUACAUUCCUGAGGACUUGACAGAGACAUCAGAGCGGCUCACGGUCACCUCCUCCUAAAAGGUCCAGGAUGCUGGGUGCGGUGGUCCCUGUCUGUGGACUGCAGGCUCUCCUGACGGCCCUCCUGCUCUCUCUGGGCUAUGGCUUGGUGUGGUCAGACCCGGUGGUGAACAUGAGGAAGGUGACCCACCAGAGGGUGAGGGAGCAGCUGGCCAACACCGUCCUGCUGCCCUGUGUCUUCACCCUGCGCCCCACCCCUACCCACGAGCCCCCCCGCAUCAAGUGGACCAAGGUGUGGGGACAGAGGGGUGACGAUGGUCGGCAGAGGGAACAGUCCAUCCUGGUCGCCAAGUACAACGUAGUCAAGGUUAAGAAGGCAUUCCAGGGGCGUGUCACCCUGCCCGGUUACCAGGACAACCGUUACAACGCCAGCCUGGCGCUCAGCGGUCUGCGCUCCAGUGACUCGGGCAUGUACCGCUGUGAGGUGGUAGUGGGCAUCAACGACGAACAGGACACCGUGCCCCUGGAGGUUACAGGUGUGUUGUUCCACUACCGUGCCCCCCACGACCGCUACGCCCUGUCCUUCCCCGACGCCCAGCGGGUGUGUCUGGAGAACUCGGCUGUCAUCGCCACGCCUGCUCAGCUCCAGGCCACCUUUGCCGACGGGUAUGACAACUGUGAUGCCGGCUGGCUCUCUGACCAGAGCGUGAGGUACCCUAUCCAGUCUCCCAGGCCUGGUUGCUAUGGCGACAGGCAGGACUCACCUGGAGUGCGCAACUACGGCAAUCGGGCCCCUGACGAGCUGUUUGAUGUCUACUGCUUUUCCAAGCAACUGCAAGGUGAGGUGUUCCACUUGUCUGUACCAGAGAAGCUGAGCCUGGCCACAGCCUCUACCCACUGCCACGCUCUAAAUGCUCAGCUGGCCACGGCAGGGCAGCUCUACCUAGCUUGGCAGGCCGGCCUGGACCAGUGUGACCCAGGUUGGCUGGCUGACGGCAGCGUGCGCUACCCUAUAAACCUUCCCCGGCGCAACUGUGGCGGGGAUGAUCCGGGGGUGCGCACUGUCUACCACAACCCCAACCGCACCGGUUUCCCAGUAACCACCACCCGCUUCGACGCCUACUGCUACCGAGAACGUGAUGCAGGAGUCCAGGCAGCUCAGCCAGGGUUCCUCCAAUACAGAGAGCCAGAGAACAACUCAUCAGACACUGAGCCCCAGCGCUCUGACCCCUUCCCCAAACCCUCCACCUGGACUGGCAUCGUGGACCUGGACAAGGAGGGAAUCAGCUCCAUCGCUAGAGGCAACGAGUCCUCUGAGAUCUCAGAGGAGCACGUGGUAAUCCACCUCCAGCCAGGGGAGGGUACCCAGCGCUGGGGAGAGGAGAACCAGGAGACCCAGGACCGAUCCAAAACUGGAGCCCCUCAGGACGCCUCCUCCAGCCCUAAGACCAAGACCAGUACCCUGAGUCUGUCUGCCCUGGAGAGUCUGGAGACCCACGGAGGUUCUGCCCAGGAGGAGGUGGAGGGUGAGGGGGAAGUGGAGGGGCGUUUCGGGUCGUCCGACUCCCCUCUUUCCUCCCAGACCUCUCCAACGCUCCAGGCUCAGACUGCCAAUAGCGUUCUCCACAGCUUCGUCAACAACCUGAUGAAUCCCUUCAAGUAUUGGACAGGCUCUGUGGAGACCGACACAGAGGCCCCUCCCCCAGCCACACCUGCCUCACUGCCCGAGGGGACAUUAUCUGUGGCAGACCAGGAACCCCCAGGGUCGGCUAAGGUCAACCCCACCGAAGGGAGGCCCAAUCUUGGCAGCAAAGGAAGCACUGACAGCGGCGUCAUGGAGCAUCGGAGUGGAGGCUCCUCGCUCAAGACAUCCACCGGUGGGCUCACCAGCUCAGAGGAGGGUCUAACUGAGCAGGAGAAAGAGGUGGUCCCAUUUGGCCCUGUGAUCCUGUACACACAGCCAGGGAGGGAUCCAAGCACAUCCCUAACCAACCCUUCAGCCUCCUCAUCUAAUGGAUUCACAGAACUGGGGCCCGGUGGUAGUAGCAAGACUGUGGAGGCUUUGAAUGUAUCAGGAGGCCCCCACCAUGGCACCAGGUAUGAGCUGGCUUCAUCCCCAGGGGCCCCGGCACAAGCCACAGGCAGCCAGCUGAGAUGGGCCCUCAAGGCCAUGAAGGGUUCUAAGCUUGUGCCGGAGGGACACAUGGCGUACGUGGGGAAGGAUUCCACCUGGGAGCCAAUGGAGGCCAAAGCAGGGCCCCUGGAGGUCAUGACCCUGCCAACCAGCCCAGAGAACUACUCUGGCGAGGGGAGGGACCAGGAUGAGGACCACAGCAUCCCCCAUGACGUCCUAGAAAGAGAGGAGGGGGAUAAAGAGACAGAGACGGAGGGAAGCGGGAGAGGAGUGAACGACUUACCAAGAGGCUUUGGAUCUAACGGUAACAGCAAUCCAGCCAGCGGUGCCAGCAGCAGCACAAAGCCUCCUGUGUCUGGACUGAAACCCACCCAGACCCAAACCCAGAGCCAGACAGUAGCAGAACACACCACUAUCUCCCAGUGGCAGCUGGUGGACCAGCCCACCACCUCACCUGCAGCUGCUGCUUCUGCUGCAGGCUCCAGCCAGGGCCCAGGGGGAACCGUUGAGGAGGCCAGGGGAGAGAUUGUCUAUGUCCGACGCCCCACUGAGAAACUGCUUCCAGCCACCUCCAGUAAGAAAGAUGGCUUCUCCCCUGUGAUCAGGAAGCAGAACCUGAACACAACCAGAGUGACUGAGAGACAACGCAGCCUAGAUGAGGCCACCACACCUGGGGUUACCUCCAGACCUGCAGCCCCUAUGGAGCCCCUGACCACCAUCAAAACCUCCACAGCAGACACCCAGAGAACAGAUUCCACCAGGGAGCCUCCUAUCUCCAUCAUAUGGGUUCCGGUGGAGAGAGAGAAGACAAUCAGUACCACACCUCUGACCAGAGAUGGACCACAAACGGCCACAGCUUCCACUCAGUUGACCACGCCAUUGUCCAUUCUGAAGAGCAGCGAUCGUGAGGCCGAGUCCAGGUUGGCCGUUUCAGAGUCAUUCGUGGUUGGAAAAGGGUGGAAGCCUUUGGGAGGGAGGAACCCCAAAUCUAAGGAGGACAAAACCCUUGUGAUCACAGAGAAGACAGAGAAGAACCCUUUUGGUGUCAUUGUGCCCACCUGGGGCUAUGACCUCAACCCUUCAGCUGAAGACAACCCGUGCCAGACCAACCCCUGUCUGCAUGGAGGCAGCUGCCUGCCGGAGGGCGACGGCUACAGCUGCUACUGCCCCCAGGGCUACUCUGGAGAGAGCUGUGAGAUCGACAUCGACGACUGCCAGUCCAACCCGUGUCAGAACGGAGGCACCUGCAUCGAUGAGAUCAACUCCUUCGUGUGCCUGUGUCUGCCCAGCUACGGUGGAGCCACGUGUGAGAAAGACACAGAGGGCUGUGAACACACAUGGAGGAAGUUCCAUGGCCACUGCUACAGGUACUUCAGCCGCAGACACACCUGGGAGGAUGCAGAGAAGGACUGCAGGGAGCACAGCGGACACCUGGCCAGCAUACACACACUCCAGGAGCAGGACUUCAUCAACGGUCUGAGUCAUGACAACACCUGGAUUGGACUGAACGACAGAACAGUGGAAGAGGAUUUCCAGUGGACUGACAACAUGGACCUGCAAUAUGAGAACUGGCGGGAGAACCAGCCGGACAACUUCUUUGCGGGUGGAGAGGACUGUGUGGUGAUGAUCGCCCACGAGAACGGCAAGUGGAACGACGUGCCCUGCAACUACAACCUGCCCUACGUCUGCAAGAAGGGAACAGUGCUGUGUGUCAACCCUCCCACCGUGAAGAACGCCUUUCUGAUUGGUCGUAAGCGGUCCCACUAUGACAUCCACUCAGUGGUGCGUUACCAGUGUGCCGACGGGUUUCUCCAACGCCACGUCCCCACGGCCAAGUGUCGUGCCAACGGCAAAUGGGAGCGGCCGAAAAUCAUCUGCACUAUGACCCGGGGAGCACAGCGCUACAGGCGGCACCAUGACCAUCACAACGGCCGACGGGAGCGCAGAAAGCACAAGAAGCACGGCCAUGGACACGGAGAGGGGGGGCACCAUGGAGGGGAUCAGGGCCACAGGCAUGGGCACGGGCAGGGGAACGCUCAUGCCCACAUCUGAACCAAAAACGUCCACUGCCCGAACCUCGCCUCGCUGCCCAGUCUCCCUCCUCUACCCCUCUCUACCCCCUCUCCUGCCCUGUUCCUGACCCCACAACCUGGCUCCUAGAGCCAGCCUGUAUCAUACUCAACUCUGAGGCCUGACAGCCGACUGCUAGGCAUCACUGAGACAAUAACAAUCUCUUUGUACUCUUCUUUAAUUUCACUGCUUUUCUUUUCUGCCUCCCUCCCCCCUCCCUCCCUCUCCCUCCCCCCUCCCUCCCUCCCCCUCCCUCCCUCUACCUCCCCCCUCCCUCCCCCCCUCUCUCCCUCCCCCCCCCCCCCCCCCCUCCCUCCCUCCCUCCCUACUUUUAUCAAGUCAACGAGGACCCAGGAUAUGGGGCUUUGCUCACCUGUUCAAAUCUUAAGAGGUUUCUUUUGUGUCCUUCUAUUUUUACAUUAUCGUGGAGGUUUAGUACAAACUGUAAAUAGUGACAACAUCAGAAAAUCCUGUAUCGAACCAGAAGAGUCGGGGAAUACAUUAACAUGCAAUCCAUGUUUUUCAAUUGUUCAUUCGAACCUUGUUUUUAACAGAUGUCUGACUGUAUUUCUUGACUUUGCUGUUUUUGGUUAGCUCUCUGGAAGACCUUUUGCUCAAUGACCUACAACAGUUAUUCUGAACAGAUUUAGCUACGUGCUUUCUUUGACACGGGCAGUUCUACUGGUUUUGAUCGACUAGCAUUGUAUCUCAUCAUUGUUACGACGGUCACUUUUAACUGGGUAUAGAGGAAAACCGAGAAAGCGCAGUUAGCCUCUAUCCAAAUCGACCUCACGCCACUGAGGUCGAUCCAGAAGCUCAAAUCUCUCCCCGUAGUGGCAGUCCAUGUUUCUUCUAACAAUCAUCAUCCUACUGUUUCCUUUCUAAGUCAUUCUGUGUUCCUGCUUCACUACUAGAGGAGAUAGCUAGUAAGGAGUCGAGAAACCCAACCCAGAAUAGGCCAGAUUAUGACUAGCCUCUCUAAGUCUGGUUUCCCAGCUAGCUAUUAGGCAAUGAUCCUUCAUCAGAAUUCUCUCAUACCCAUCACCACGCUCUCAUAUUCCGUCUGUGUCCCGGUGUCAAUGGUCUGUUCGUCUUCCAUUUUGGAGUUCUACUACUCUGGCCUGCUGAGGAGAAAUUGUUCUGUCAGACUGUCAGAGAGAGAAAAGGAGAGGGGGAGGAAUAGAGAGAGAAGAGCGGGGAAUUCGGACUCUUAAUUGCAGUCGCCCCGUUCUCCAGCACAUCAAACAGAGAGAUGACAGGGCUCUCUCUGCAGCCGGCGGGUACAGAGCUGGGCCCAUAAUUAUCUUUUUAAAGUAGUGCAGAUGGGGGCAUAAUGCCGGGAUGAA